AUGACUUCAACCAGCCCAUCAAUUGAGUCUCAGGCUCAAGCUCAGGCUGAAACUCAAACUCAGGCUCAACCUCAACAUCAAGCUCACAAGGACAAAACAUUCCGCAACUACGACGCUUCGUCUGCGGCCGCAUACGCACAGUACCGACCGCCGUACCCGGACAAGCUGAUCGACAUCAUCAUCGACAAACACGUUUCGACCGGCGGCCGGCUAGACCUGCUUCUCGACGUGGGAUGCGGGCCCGGCACCGCCACCCGAUCACUUGCACCGCGGUUCACGCACGCCGUGGCGGCCGACCCGGGCCAGAGCAUGGUCGAGAUGGCGCGGCAGAUUCCCAGCACCACCCGAUCCGGCGAGCCGGUCCGAUUUGAGGUUUGCGAGGCAGAGAAGCUGAGCCGGUUGUUACCUGUGCUGCAGGAAUCUGCGGCCCAAGCCCCAGUCCAAGGGGAACGCGGACCGGAGUCGGGGUCAGGAUCGGCUUCGGAAUGCGUCGAUCUCAUCACGGCAGCCACGGCGGCGCACUGGUUCGACAUGCCAGCCUUCUACCGCGAGGCGGCCAAGAUCCUCCGGCCGGGCGGGAGCAUCAUCAUAUGGUGCACCAAGGGCGGCUACUGCACGCCGGACACGCCCAACGCGGAAAAGCUGACUCGGCUGUUCCAGGAAUUCGAAGACGACGCCAUCCUCGAGUUUGAGGAGCCCGGCAACAGGAUGACGCGCGAUUUGUAUGCCGGGCUGCCACUGCCUUGGGACGGCGUAGGAGUGGGAGAUGGAGAUGCGUCUAAAGCGUCGAGCAGCGCCGCAGCCACCGGCGCCACUGGCGGGGAGCCAUUGGAUUUGGAUCUAUCCACCAUCUUCCCCAAAGACCAGUAUCAGCGGCUGGAGUUCAACAAGGACGGCCACGUCCCGCCGGGAGAACAGUUCCUGCUGAGCAGGAGAUUCACUCUCGACCAGGUCAAGAAGGCUCUCGGCACCGUCAGUCCCGUCACGCGCUGGAGGGAGGCGUAUAAAGACAAGCUCGCUGCCGGGGAGGUCGAGGAUUGUGUGGACAAGUUGGUCAGGCAGACUAGGGAGUUGUUGGAAGAGAGUCAGACUCCAGAGGGGGAGGGGAAGCCUAGGGACUGGAUCGAAGGUGGAAGUGCCGUGGUGGUCCUGGUCAUCAAGAAGAGAAAGUGA